CCGGAGCAUUCAUAACAGUAAACAUGUCUGCUUGUAAAUUAACAAUAUUUAUAUUAAUUUUUUACUUCAGUUUCGGAGACACUAAAAUAGUUAUUAAUAAAUGUUGCCCUUUUGACCAAUAUGUAGGUUUCAAGAAACAUUGCAAGAAUGAUACGGGGGUGUACAAUUUUACAAAUUACAAUUUUGGGGAUGUGGUUAUUUAUGACAAGGAUAUUGCGGAGACGAGGAAGAAGGUGUUUGAAGUGUUCACGUUGGUGCCGUCGAAGUCUCGGAAUUUUAGUAUGAUUAGAGCUUUCGACAUGUCCAGGAAAUUCAAUAAUUACUUGCUGGAGGAUGGAACCGUCAUGCAGGAGCUACCGAACUCCUUCAACAGGUUCAAGCCGAUCGCAAACGAUAAGUUCUGUAUAGACAUCGCGCUGCCGAACGGAAGAAAUAUUUACGAACCACAGUUCAGGAUAUGGACCAUCCCCACCCCGGUACCGGAAGAUGAAUUUGAGUCUAACAGCAUCUUCUUUGUAAGUGAAUUCCUCGUAUCCAGCGUGUUUCUGAUCCUCGUCCUCAUCGUGUACUGCCUGUUGCCGGAGCUCAGAAACUUGUGCGGAAAGAUCCUCAUGGCUUACGUGGCCUGUCUGCUGGCAAUAUUUCUUUCCUUUGCGCUGCUGGAAAUUUAUAGCAUGGCUGAUGAGUUAACGGACAUUAUCUGUCUUAUAUUUACAUUCCUGAUUCAUUACUUCUCCUUGGCAUGUUUUUGUUGGAUGAACGUCAUGUCUAUCGACAUCUGGUGGACAUUCAGGGGAUACGCCAAAGCUCGGCCCAUACAUCGGCGAGGAGAGACAUUCAAGUUCCUCAUGUACUGUCUAUACGCCUUCGGCAUGCCUUUGGUGUUGACUAUCGGGAUGGGUAUCAUAGACAGAAUGGACUUGAGGCAUAUACCGUGGUUCAUUAAGCCUGACAUUAAUGGAACAGGAUGCUUUUUAGAAGGUAGUGGCAAAUUCAUGUACCUAUACGUGCCAAUGUUAGUCAUCAUCGUCAUGAAUUGGAUCCUGUUCCUCAUGACCUCGUUCAACAUCUGGCGCCUCAUCCGCGGCACAGCUGUGCUGGACUCGCCUGCCGCUGGAAACCCUCAUAGGACACACCGUCACAGAUUCAUGCUGUACCUGAAGCUCUCCGUGAUAAUGGGCGUCAGCUGGGGGCUUCUUCAUCUUCCUAAUAUUCGUCUGCAAGAAGAAGAUUAUCAAGACUCUUGA